AUGCAUGAAUUUAUUGCUUCUGGAAACAAUGUUCCAUUAGAGAAACCAAAACUUGAACCUAGUCGAUCCUUGGUAGAUGUUGAUGCUCCUCUUAUUGGCACAGGAGAUAGCAAACAAUCAGACAAAGGAUCCAGCUCCACUUCAGGUUUAGCGACACAGUUAUUACUUCUUGCUAUUCCUUCAACUGGUGGUCCAUCAACAUAUCAAUUAAAGGGUGAUCAGACAGUAGAUCUUUUGAGUGACAAUAGCUUGAACUCACCUGCACAUGCAAACUCGCUGGCAGUUUUUCUGAAACAAGAUGCUCCUUGA